UACGUGGCACUAGAAGUAGACAUAAAAUUUUGUAAUAAUCAACGUUGACAGAUACGUGUAAAGAAUAAAGUUUAUUUAAAAAUAUAAAAAUGAUAUUAUUAUUUAAUUUAUUGUUGGUAUUUUGUAGUAUUUGCAGUAUAAAUGCUUAUACUGUAACUGUAGAUGCACAUGCAGAAGAAUGUUUCUUUGAAAAAAUUGACAAGGAUACGAAAAUGGGAGUGACAUUUGAAGUCGCUGAAGGUGGGUUUUUAGAUAUAGACAUUAAGAUUUUUGGUCCAGAUGGAAAAAUUAUUCAUGAAGGCGAGCAAGAAGGAAGUGGCAAAUAUACAUUUGCUGCUAACGUCGAUGGACGAUAUACUUAUUGCUUUAGUAAUAAAAAGAGCACAAUGACACCUAAAAAUGUCAUGUUCAAUAUCGAUGUUCAUCAACCCACUAAAAACAAAGAUGAAAAUGUUCCAACUGAUGACGAUUCUGUCAAUCAUCGUAAAUUGGAGGACAUGAUUACUGACUUGGGCAAUGGGUUACGUGAUGUCCGAAAUGAACAAGAGUACAUGGCGGUACGUGAUCGUAAUCAUCGUGCUAUCAAUGAAAGCACUAAUUUCCGAGUGGUAUUGUGGUCGAUUUUCGAAGCUACUGUAUUAGCUGCCAUGACUGUUGGUCAAAUAUUUUAUCUCAAACGUUUCUUUGAAGUGAGAAGGGUUGUAUAAUAAAUAUAAAAGAACAAUUUGUAUAAAAAACCAAAUAAUUGUUACAAUAGCGCGAUAAAAUUUCAAACUUUUAAUAAAAUGAUUUAUAAAUUUGUGAAUA